AGUCAGCUCCACACUCGUGCUGCUGCAUGGGUGAGGAAGGAAGGAGACCAGGGAAGAAGAGACGGGCUAUGUCAUGUGGGAGGCAGACAUGCAGUAUGGACAAGCCAGCUAAUAUCAGAGGAGAUGUGAGGGUGAGAUAACGGAGGGGAAGAGACGAGAUAGCGAGGAGGAGAGGAUGAGGAAGGACACAGGUUUGUCUCUGUGUGUGGCUUCAGCUGCUGCCUCUCUCCGCCUUCUGUUGGCUUCUGUGCGGUCGAUGAGGAUAAAGCAUUGCUAAGGUAUGAAUAGGCAGCUGUUGUGAACACCUCAUGUGCCUGUUUGUCCUCUGCUUACACAGACUCUGGGCGUCCACACCCUCCAGCCUGUCUGGCUAGUAAGUCUUUUCUCUCUUCUUUAUAACUCUCUCUCUCGCUCUGUCCCUGUGAUGUGCUGAGGUGAGGUCAUGUCCCAAUCUGGAAAAGUCCUUCAUCUGUAUGUGGAGGUAAGGUCGGCCCCAGAGCAUGAUGGGAAGGUGGACUCCGGAGAGGGCACUGGGAGUGAGUCAGCCCCAGCACCAGUGAAGGACGGAGCAGCAAAGCUUCUGUCUCAGCUGUCCUGCCAGACCACCUGCCAGACUCCCACCAACACUCCUCAGCGCCUGGCCCUAGACUCCACUCACGCCCAGUCUCCCUCCAGACACACCGUGAGCUUUCAGCUCCGCCAAGGCAACGCCACUCCAUCUCCCAGUAUCCCUAAGCGGCAGAGUUCCACGUGUGAGGGCAACCCUGUCACCAAUUCGCCAGCAUCUUCCGGAAAGCUCGCUGCCCUUCAAGCACCUACCAGUGGCCAGAAGUUGGGUGAGGAAGUAGUUAACGAUGGGAAGCGUUCUGUGGUCACCUUCAGCUACAUUGAGAAGGCCAACGUGAGGAAAGUGGAAAGCCCUCGAAGCGCAAUAUGCCAGAGGGGGUCUAGAGAGGAGCGAUCCACCCCCUCCCACCUGCGUAAGAGGUUCAGUGAUCCUGUGUGGUUUGGGAGCGCUGACUCCUCGUGCAAUUCUAGUCCUAAGCUGGCCUUCCGGCAGCAGGGGUCCCCCAGCCGCCCCUCGCUGGAUCCUAUUGGCAGGGCAGCCACCCAGAGGGCCUUGAUGGAGUUUGGUUCGCCCCUGCUUAGGAGCAAGAUUGCCCGCGGGCUUCCAUCCUGCCAGGACCAGCAGACUCGCUGUCAGUCCUGGGGUGGUUCACCUGUCCAACGCAAGAGCAAAACCUGCACGUUCCCAAAUAAUCACGCAGAUACAGAGAGGAACAGGGCCAAUUGCGGCCUACCCAGGAGCCCAGCCUCUGAUCAGCUUUCCUCCCAUGCCAGGCAGUCUGCUCUGAGCAGAUCUCCGAAAUCUAGGCCCAGGCCCUGUGUUGGACCCCAGAGCCCCCUUCACUGGCUAUGUCAGGACAGAGGAGUGGUAGGGAGUCCUGCCACUAAGAGACAUGUGCACAAACCAUGUAGCAGUAAUACUCCACCACAAGGUGCAAUACAUCAACUCGGCAAUACUCUUAUGGAAGGAAUGAACCAGCUAAGUGGCAGUAAACUGUCCUCCCCAGCUCAUAGCCCUGAGGUAGCCCGUAGGCUAGCAGAAGAGGCUACCAAAGUGUCCUCUAUUUUAUCUGAGGUAAGGAGAUCCUCAUUGCACAAUGCUUUAAGUGAACUGGAGAGCUCGAACUCUGGAAAUAUUUCUGGAAUCCAGGACAGUUCCUCCACAAACGCACAAAGACAGCAGCAGACAGUUAAGAUGAACAUCCCUUUAAACAGCCAACACAUGCCAGCAUCUGAAAACAGUGAUUCUCACCAGCCUGCAAAGUCCCUAUCACUGUCACAUAACAUGAGUUCACCAACGAAUCGCGAGACACAUCAACAAGAGGGGCCUGCCCAGCAUCAAAACCCUAUCCUGCCAGAGACGGCCGGGCCUGGGUCCCCUGCCCUCCCCUCGCGCUUCUUACGCCCCUCUCACCCUCCUACUGAGAUCAGCUCCCCAAUGAGAGACCCCAGGCUACUAAGGGCAGAGCUUAGGCUCACAGACAGCCCCACCCUCCACCGCCGCCAGCCUCCACAGUACACUGGAGACUGCUGGGCCCCCCGGGCCAACAGUAAGGGCGACCCCGACUGCUAUGACAGGGGUGACUGUGCAGAACUGGCCCGCAGGCUCUUCAUAGGCCAGAGCGUCGAGGAGGCUCCAGUCAGCUGGACUUCGAGGCGGCAGGAGUGGGGCCACCUGGAGGCAGAGACCAGCCCUAACCCCAGUCCCAGUCCCAGCCCUGGCCCCGUGCAGGAACAGCAAGCCCUGAGCCCCAUGGCUCGGAAACGGGCGGAGCAGAGAAGGAGGGAGGUCCUGCUCCUAGGCCCUGUGGUGCUGGACUCUCCUGAGGAGGAUGAGGGCUGUGAUGGAGAUGUAGUGGAGGGCUAUGGGGAAGGGCAGCAACCAGGCCUGCUGAGGGUGGAGGAGUCACCAGAGGGGGAGCAGAACGGGGCCAUGGGCUCCUCCUCCCGUAGCUCCAGCGGGGUGACAGGAAGCCUGGGGGACAGGGACUGUGUGUCUCCUGAGUCCAGCCAGUCCAGCCACCAGAGCAACGAAACCGGAGCAGCCACCUCAGGAAUACAGACAGACAGUGGCUCAGCAGUGCCCGGGCCCUCGCUCCACUCGCAGAGAAUCGCCCGAGCGAAGUGGGAGUUCUUAUUUGGCACCCCGUCUGAAGAGAGGGCCAGCAGGGGAGAGAAAAAUACCCUGGAAGCCUCUACUGCUCCUCCCAGUGGCAACUCCAGUGAAUCUCCCACCCCGACUCCUCCCUCCUCCCUACCCCUCAUCUCAGCCAAUCACCAUGUGCAGCAUGUGGAGGUGGAACUGGUGACUCCUCCCCCGGCGGCAGGAGGCACGUCGCCAAAGACGGGCAUCAUCCGGAGGACCCUCAAGUACUCAGAGACCGACCUGGACGCCGUUCCCCUUCGCUGCUACCGCGAAACGGACAUCGACGAGGUGCUCUUGGCCGAGCAAGAGGAUGCCGACUCUGCGUUUGGGAGUAACCGUAGUGUUGUGGGCACCUCAGGCACGGACAGCAGCCCCCUCGGUGGCAUCUUCUAUGAGAGGACGGAGGGGGAGGAAGAAGAGAGGCCUGAAGGGGAGGACGAGGAGGAUGAGGAAGACGAGGAGGAGGAGGUGGUGAGCUGGGCCAGUGUGAGGAUGCAGGGGGACUCCAGGAAGAGGAUGUAUGCUGGACUGGUGGAGCAGGAGGUGUUUAGCCAGCUACUGAGGAGACCCUUGGAUGAUGUCUUUGACACCCAACCUGCGUUGAAGUCACCCAUCCUGGUGACAGGACCUCGCCGUACCUCCGAAGACUCCUUCAGCCGCCAUUUUGAGAGUAUCAUGGAGUCCCACCGUGCCAAAGGGACGUCCUACAACAGCCUGGACUGCGAGGAGCUACUGACCUCUAGCACUCAGACCGUCCUGACCUUUGACCUCCCCACGCUUACCCCAGAGAUCCAGGGUCAGAUCUGCCAGAGCGCCAGGCAGAUUGUCCAGCUCAGCUUUGCCCCCCUGGCCCGCUGCGAGAGGCCCAGCCUGUCUGACUCCAUCCUGACGGUGACGGGAGACUCGGACGCCACCCGCGCUCCCUCCAGCGAGAGGCUGAGCAGCGGCUCGGACGACACGCCCCAUCGAGGAGGCAGGGAGGGAGCACACCUGGGACACAGCUGGCACAGCAACCCCUCCUUCACCUUUCCCAGAGAGAAGGCCCGUCUGGCCACCGACUCUGAGCUGGACCAGGACCUGAGUGAGAGGCUGGGUCUGGGGAGCAGUGAAGCCCUCACCAACGGAACCCGUGCGGAUCUGGCGGCCGCCAAACGCCUCGCCAAACGGCUCUUCAACCUGGAUGGUUUCAAGAAAUCUGAUGUAGCUCGCCACCUCAGCAAGAAUAAUGACUUCAGUUGUAUGGUGGCAGAAGAGUACCUAAGCUUCUUCGAUUUUGCAGGACUAACUGUGGACCAGGCUUUAAGAUCCUUCCUGAAGCAGUUUGCCUUGAUGGGGGAGACUCAGGAGAGGGAGCGGGUCCUCUCUCACUUCUCCAGGAGGUACCUGAGCUGCAACCCCCAGGUCAUACCUUCUGAAGAUGCCGUUCACACCCUUACCUGUGCCCUGAUGCUACUAAACACAGACUUGCAUGGUCAUAACAUUGGCAAAAGAAUGUCUUGCACACAGUUCAUUGGAAACCUAGAGGGUCUGAAUUGUGGACAAGAUUUUCCGAAGGACCUGCUAAAGGCACUCUACAACUCAAUCAAGAACGAGAAGCUUCAAUGGACAAUCGACGAGGAGGAGCUGCGGAAGUCAUUCUCAGAGUUGGGGGACACUCUGGUGACAGAUUCCGCCGCCAGAGCCAUGAAGCGGGUGGGCAGUGAAGGGAAGCCCCUGGUGGACAUGGCCCAGCCCCCUGGUACCCUGCUCUACAAGAACGGCUUCCUGGUCCGCAAGGUUCAUGCUGACUCAGAUGGCAAGCGAACACCGCGAGGUAAGAGGGGAUGGAAGACCUUCUAUGCCAUCCUGAAGGGUCUCAUUCUCUACCUGCAGAAGGGAGAGUACCGACCAGACAAACAGUUGUCUGAUGAAGACUUGAAAAACGCUGUGUCCAUCCACCACUCUCUGGCCAUGAGGGCAUCUGACUACAGCAAGAGGCCCAACGUAUUCUACCUGCGCACUGCAGACUGGAGGGUCUAUCUCUUCCAGGCACCAAACGCUGAGCAGAUGCAGUCUUGGAUCACUCGUAUUAACACGGUGGCGGCCAUGUUCUCCUCACCACCCUUCCCAGCAGCCAUUGGCUCUCAGAAAAAGUUCAGUCGGCCGUUGCUACCAGGAGGCACCUCCAAGAUGUCUCAGGAGGAGCAGGUCCAAUCACACGAGGCUAGGUUCCGUGCUAUUUCCACCGAGCUGGCUGAGUUACGUUCGUACCCCCCCGACCGCAAGGUCAAAGGGCGUGAGCUGGAGGAGCACCGCCAGAGGGACGAGUAUCUGGAGUUUGAGAAAACACGCUACGGAACCUACGCCAUGCUACUGCGGGCUAAGAUCCGCUGUGGGGAAGAGGAUUUGUCUGUGUUUGAGUCUCAGAUCCUGGAGGACAACAGUCUUCAGCGUGCCCAUUCCAGCCCCACGCUGCAGGACAGCAGCCAGGCCAGCCAGGUGACCCAGGCCAGCCACGCCAGCCACACCAGCCACACCAGCCACACCAGCCAGGCCAGCAGUACCAAGGAUGGGGGCAACGGCAAGGCAAGCAGCAAGCGCACUGAGGGCCAGAGACACAGCUACCGUCAGGCCGUCAAGAAGUGAGAGGAUGCGGGGGUGUCAGGAGCGGCGCGGCCAGCUGCAGGCUGUCUCCCUGCAUAGGUUUUUAUUUGAGAUCCAGGGGGGUUUGGAGCCGAGCUCGAGGGGGGAAUGAGUGAGGGGUGUAACCACACCCUGUGGCCGCCUAACCCGGCACCCUGGUCUCCUUGACCAAUAAGGGAGGCGCAGAUCCUGUGCCUGGCGUGAUCACUGGCAAAUGCCAGCAUGGGUGUUAGGAGUGGGUGGGAGGAGAGAGAGAGAGAGGAGCAGGGGAGAGGUCACAGUGCUUGAGAGAUGAGGUGUUUGAGAGAAGCCUCGCUGAGUACAGUAGCGUACUGUGAGAAAUGCCAGGUUCUCUGAAGAAGCGGGCGCCAUACAGGGACAUGCAUCCAGCAUCCUUUCCUUUUCUUCCUUCAGGGUACCUCUCCUACGAACCACUCCCACUUUUUUCUUGACCUUUUACUCUGAUUUGGGACCAAACAUGUUUACACAUUUGAAAUCUUAAGUCUCAGAUGACUGUUCAUUUGAUUUCAGUCACACUACCGCCAAACUGGGUAAAGCGAAACACUGUAUUAGUACAGUAACAUAAAGUACAUCCUAGUGUUAUUGCAUUGCAGUUCUCUUAUUUGCCUCAUCAUAAAGUUGUUAUCCACAUUACAUUAGGGAGCCUGACUGUAUGGCUAUUUGAAGCUCCUGAAAUUUGCUCAAUGAGGAUGAAGAUGGCAAAAAAAUUGCCUGUGGUGAAUUUGGCCAGUCUAUAGAGUGUUACACAUGUGGAUCAGCACUGCAAGUUUAGUAACAGCCCUAAUGCAUCUCAGCCCAGGGAAAGGCAGGGGUGAGAGAGGUCAAGCAGACUCACACUCUGCCAUCUCUCUGCUUCUCUUUUCUCAAAGAGUUUCUCUCCUUUCUUUACUAACUGGGUGGUUGGAGGAGAAGGAGGGUCUUUUAUUCAGGCUGACACGAUACUCAGACGUGAGCCGAAACACUACUGCACCGCCUUCGCAGGAAAAGGAACAUCGUCUUGUUAGCCCUUCCUCAACAGUUGUUUUUCUGAGCCUCCUCUUGCUUAAGCUUUUCUGUCUUGCGAUGAGCUUCCGUUCUUUCUUCUUGCCUGAUUGUUGUUUUCUCAAGUGAUCCGCAUGCUUGCAUCCAGCACAGCUAAGUUUGAACAUUUUUUCUUCUAUGGAAGAAAUAACAGCGGCAAGUUUUUUUGGUUCGUGUAGUCUUUUUUUGUCAUGCUGGUGCCCCGACCCCCACACGCCCUCACCCCCAUGUAAUCUCUGCGUAUAACUACAGGCACUCGUUUAUAAGAUCUGUUUUAACACUCACCAGGCAGACCCUGAAUGUUCUUGUUUUUCAGUAUUUUUUACAGUACUUUACAACACUCAUGCUCCUCUUGUGCAAUGUUAUAUACUGUAUGUCAAAAAGUAUAAUAUUAAGAAUAUAAAGAAAUAUGUUCAUUGUAAACAUAUGGGAUGUGUCUUUUAGUAACCUGCUACAUAUUAUGUGCUAAUAUUGUAUUAUACAUUAAAUGUAGUUUACAGUAUAUUCAAAAGAUUAUCAUGAACAUGCAUAUAUUAAGAAUAUAAAGUUGACAUUCCUUGUAUUUAACAGUUCUGAAGGCUUUGAUUGCUCAGUGAGACAUUCAAUCUAUUGUGGGAAAGACCAGUAUCAAAAUCACUUAGUCAAGUAGGAAUAGUUGAUCAUUCUUCACCCCAGUGGGUUUAUUUAAUAUUUAGAGAUUUGUGUUAUUUUGCUGUUGUACUGUAAAACACAGGGUGUGGGGAACAAUUUGCUAUAGGUAUAGAUAUAAACAAUUAAGAUACAUGAAUAUGAUUUAAUCAUGACAUGCCUUCAGAAUGUCAAACUAUUAUGGGACGCCCCUGGUAACCUGAUCAGCUGUCACCCCUGGUAACCAGAUCAGCUGUAAUGCCAGCAAUGUACCAGCAGAGAGAGCUAAGGACAUCCAGUUGAUUUAGACAGAAUACUGCACCUUCGACUCCUAUCCUACUCAGUACAUCCUUUGAGUGGGCUUUUCUCUCUAACAAAGCAUUCAUGCUGAGCUAACAAAUCGUCAAUAUCCACUCAAACUAUGCUGAACAAAUGUGUGUGUGUGUGUGACAUCAUGUCCAUCAAGCUGUGGGGUACAUGAAUGUCAUUGUAUGCAUGCUGUGACCAGACUGACUUGUUGUUCUGAGAAGCCUAUUCAGAGAAUGUGGGAUGAGGAGGAUAUUCUCACACAUUUAUAUAAUAUGUGAAGUAGGAGCCUAACAUAUCCAGCUGUGUCUGUCUGUCACCUGUCGUUAUCUCAAUGUUUGUCUUUUGUACAAUUUAGAACAGAUAAUUGUACAUCAUUUCUAACUAGCAUGGUAUACUUGCAUUUUGUCUUUUCUAUCUCUUUCUAUUUCUUUUUUUUCCUCUCAUACUUCCUCUAUCCCUUCCCUCAAUCAAAUCUCCCUAAUCCUCUGCCAACUUGAUACUACUCUCCCUUUUACUCUUCAUUCAUUUUCUCUGUCUUUAGCAUCAGUCAUUCUAAUGUUACCACUUUUCCAAAUCAAUCAUUUGGACAGCUGCCUCCAUCAGUUAAAUGUUUAUGUAUAUUGUUCCUAUAAACUGAUGACAAAUCUUGGAUUGUUAUGUAACUUGAUGUUACGGCUGUGAUUCUGUUACUCUAUUGCUUGAUACUUGUAUUUAUUGAAUAGUAUUUGACACUGUUGACAUAAUAUGGCCAAACUGUACAAGGGGUGCUCUCCAAGAAUGCCCCCUGUGUUCUCCUGAGAGAUGUUGGGACUUGAAGGUAAGACAGCGAGAUCCCUUAAAGCAAAGAGAAACAUUGGACAUUUUUCAAAUUAAAGGAGUCGAUGAACGUUAAAAUAUCUAUCUCUUCAUAACUGGGGUCCAUGCACUGCAUGUCCUAUAUCCUGGUCACCAACCACGUGGAAGAGAGAGGCACGGCAGGUCUAUGAGUGUGCGUCAUGUGAUAAGGGGGCCCUGGAAAGCUCCACACACGCAUCCCUGCCACCUACACACCCCCUCUGACAUCACAAAACAGCUGCAGGAUCUCCAUGGCACUGGUUUGCAUGGAAACCGCUGGGUCCCUUGUAGUAGCUCUGUGAUGCUAAAAAGAAAGCCAUUAAGUGUUGUGUUCAACCCAUUCCCAGCCAGCACUUCUGAAUGUGACAUGUAUAUAAGCAUGAUAUAUAUGGUCUGCUUUCCUUUAUAUUAUGUUUAGUAAUUAAUGAAAGGUUUAAUAAGUAGAUCAAUAUUUGUCUUUGGGUCAUGACCAUAUUAUUAUUUUACUUUUUUUAUGAUCAAUCUGAAUGAAGGAAGUUGUGUUGUGGUAAAGGCUGUUUUUAAUGCUGAUGUGUUAUGGAACCCAUGCCAGCAGAUCACUCAAAACUGUGACGUACAGUACAGUAGGGGAUACAGCGUUCUGAGACUGCUGCAUAUGAGACACAUUUCAUUUUAGCUCUAUGUGUCAACAACCAGUAAAACUCACCUCUGUUUGGAUACAUUGUUUGUAUAUGAGCUUUUCUUUUUGGGAGGCAUAGAGGAAAAAUAAAAGUGUUUCAAAAGGUGA